AUGGCCUACUACACCAAAGAGCUGGUUUUGAUGAAGCAAAUGGACCCCAAAGCUUAUGACUGGUUAACAGAUCCUUUGAGGCCCCCAAAGAAUUGGUCUAGAGCUCACUUUGGCACCACCCUGAAAUGUGAUAUUCUUCUUAAUAAUUUGUGUGAAAGUUUCAAUGCUUUCAUUUUACCUGCUAGAAGCAAGCCUGUGAUUUCAUGCUUUGAAGAUAUUAGGGUCAAAAUGAUGAAGAGGAUUGCAAUGAGAAGAGACAAGAUGAGCAAAGUUGUGGACCCUAUCUGUCCCAAGCCUAGAGAACUCCUAGAGAAGAACAAGAUUAAAUCUGCAACAGAUUGCAUACCAUAUGCCUCUGGCAGCCCUCAGAUUAAGGUAGAAAGCUUUGGAGGAUCUAAGCAUGUGGUUGACCUGACCAGGAGGACAUGUGCAUUUAGGACAUGGGACCUCAUAGGCAAACCAUGCAAGCAUGCCAUAGCUGCUAUCAACUUCAUGAGACAAACACCAGAAGACUAUGUGGAUUCUUGCUACCUCACCAAGACCUACAUGAUUGUUUACUCUAACACAGUAAAGCCAGUUAAUGGAAUGGACUUAUGGAUCCCUAGUGGUGAACCCCAAAUCCUCCCAUCUCAGUACAAUAGGAAGCCUGGUAGGCCAAGAACCAAAAGGAUUAAAGAUGCAUCUGAAAAGGAGUCUGAGGGUCCAAAGCUUGGCAGGGAAUCUUCCUGUUGA